GUAAAGAUUUAGAAUCUGCCAUAAAGAGAUUGCAAAACAAGUUUGAAGCAUUGCAUGCGGAGAAACAAGACUACAUUAAAUCUGUGGAACAGCAAACAGAAGCUUUGGUUAUUAAUGUAAACAUGUAUAGGAAAACCAUAGAUGGGAUUUUAAAUAAGCUUGAGCGAGAGGCGAUUAGACGGAAGGAUGAAUUCUGCAAAGAGCGCACAGAUACUGUGAAUGGUCAGAUCAAAACGUGCAAAACAGCGAUAACCAUUUUGGACGAGGCGUAUAAGCAAGUUGAUACAACGUUAAAAGAAUCAAAUGCAGACAUGUUUGUGAACGCCAAGACAGUACAAAACGUUGUAAACAAGUAUUCUGAGGUACUGUCUAAAAUAGAACCAUCAGAAAAAGAAGGUCUGCGAUUUGUUCCGGAUUUAAACAUAGAAAAGUAUCUUGGUGGUCUUGAAGCACUCGGUGAGGUCCUGGUGGAAAAAUAUUCUGCAGUGAGAAAAGAUAACUCUCCAUCAAUAGCUUCCUCGAGACGCAGUACUAGUGAAAACCGAAAGCCCAAUUUCACUGCCGACAUAAACGUGAAAAUGAAAUCCGACAAGAAGACAUGUUUCAUCACCGGAGCCACGUUUUUAUACGACGGCAGGCUUGUGCUAGCUGACGACACGAACAAAUGCGUUAAAUUGUUUGGUCCAGACUUUAAACCUGUGUGCAGUAUUAUCACCGCUACGUCACCUCGUGACGUCACCACGAUUUCCCAUCACGAGGUUGCGGCUACUCUUCCUGCAGAAAAGCUAAUACAAAUGCUGCGAAUCGGACCGAAAGAAAUUGUGAAGCUUCGGGGACUUCUUCUAGAUAUCGAAUGCUACGGAAUAACUUAUCAUAUGCCUGAUUUAUACGUCACUUCCGGUUGGUCUGCGGAGCGCGAAAUUCAAAUCAUCAACCCGGACGGUGAAUUACGCAAGAAAAUAAGGCUAUCAAAAAGCAUAUUCAGGUACCCGCUGUAUAUUUCCAUUGAUCCUAAAGCGGAAGUGAUGUAUGUGUCGGAUUACCUAAAUGGAGUUUUGGUCCUGGAUAUGACAGGUAAAGUGAUAAUGCAAUGCAAAGAUGCAGACAAGGGAAGCUACUACAAAGGAGUUGAGGUGACGGUUCCUGGUCAGGUUUACGCAUGUCAGUGGCAGGAUAAUGGCAUUACCCGUGUUCAUACGGACGGACGUGGUCUGGAGACGGUUCUUUCCUGGGACAAAAUGGACCGCCGGAAACCUCUGGCUAUUGCGUAUACAAGCAAAACAAAGCGAUUGGUCGUGUCAUUCUGUGGAGAAAAACGCGAUCUCAUGAGCAUAUACAAAUUUUAUUGAUAUUGUCGUGUUUUGAACUCUUUUAAAACUUAAAAUAAUAUCUACGGUGAACGCUGUUCAUAAUCUCAUAAAAAUUUAGGUAAAUGCACUUAAUUGUAUAAGUUGUCACCAAAACUUUGAAUUAGAUCGUACGUUCUUUUUUACGAUGAAUGCCCAUAUUUCAUGUGCCUUAUGUAUAUAGGUAAGGUUUUUACGCCACCAAUGUAUUUACUCGGUAAAUUAAUACUAUGUGGUAAUGUACUGUAUUUGUCGCGUGAGUUUUUCUGGAGUU